GAAGCCGAGGCUGAGUGGACCGAGAGGGGCUUUCCAGGCCGUUCCUUCGGCACCGUGAGGUUCUUGUGAGGUUAUCUGAAAGCCAGAUCCUUAGCCGCUCCUCCAAGCCGCUCUGAAAGGCGCCAUGGGACCCCGUCGUGUGCAGGGUUUGCUGUUCCUCGUCCUCCUCGGGGCGCCCUCCUUGGCCUUGAAGCAAAAUCUGUACUGUCACAAGGGCAUAUCGGUGAGUGUAGAAAAGGACCCAAGGAAGAGGUUUAAUUGGACCACAGAGAAAGUUGAGACUUGUGACAGUGAGUCAUUGUGCCAGGAAUCCCUUCUGAUGAUUAAAGCAGGGGCCAAGACAGCAGUUUUGGGCACUAAGGGCUGCGUCGCAGAUGGGACACAGGCGAUAAUGUAUGUCCAGCACUCCCCACCCCCAGGCAUAAUCACAGUCUCGUACAGCAGCUACUGCGAGGAGUCCUUAUGCAACAGCAGGCAGAACUUACUGGAGCUGUGGAAGGAGGAAGAGACCCAAGGUACGUGGGGAGCUCCCAGUAUGUCACCACGCCUCCACUGCCCAACCUGUGUGGCUUUGGGGAACUGUUUGUAUGCUCCUUCUCUUCCCUGUCCCAAUGAUACAGUUCAGUGCUACCAAGGAAGACUUCACAUCACUGGAGGAGGCAUCAGCUCAUUUUUGGAAGUCAAAGGCUGUACAUCCAUAAUUGGUUGCAGGCUGAUGUCUGGGAUCUUUACAGUAGGGCCCAUGUGGGUGGAGGAAAUCUGUCCAUAUCAGUCUCUCCCUCAACCCCGAAAGACUGAAAAUGGGGCCACCUGGCGUCCUGUUUCGGUUUGGAGGUUAGAGCUAGUGCUGCUGAUGUUACUGCAGUAACCUGUCCAUUGUUCCUGAGGAGGUGCUUCUUGUCCUGGACUGCAGGACACCCUUCCUGACUGCUGGUCAUCAACAAGUUGAGGAGCAAGUGGAGAGCUGAAGAACAGAGAGAGUUCCUGUGGAUGUAUUUUAUAUUUCUAAUAAAGUUUCUGCUGUGAUUGGUGUAUAA